UUCCAUCAUUUGUCAUAAACUGCCAACGGAUGCAUAGAGUAAUGUGAUUUUCUAAAUUAUUUCGGAUUUUUUAAGCUCGCUCUAAAUAUUAAUGAAACAAAUUUGCAGAUGUAAUUCAAUGAAUAAUUGUUAAUCGAAAAGCUAGUGUAAAAGCUUUGAUGAAGGUGUGUGACUGACCUUUUUCUGGUUAGUAGCAUUUGUCAAUGCGAUAGGAAAGUUUUAUAGAUUAUAUUUUUAUUUGCAUAAACCCGCAUAUUGAUGUGAAAAUAGAUUCCCACAAUCUCGCUUGUUGCUUUAUUAAUUAUUUCCUGAGUAAAAGGCUUAAAAUUUAUAUGCUUUGCUUAGUUUUUGAUAAAAGAAAGUGUAAAAAAUGACUGCUUUAAAUACAAUUGUGGUAAAUAAUUUUAUAAGUGCUACUGAAAGCGGUAAUGAAUCUAUAUUAGUUUCCGCUGAUAUCCAAAAUGGUGAACGUUCUGUUGUUAGUGUAGGCACUUCUGAAAGCGUUUCUAAAUUUAUUUUAAAAGCCCCACGUCCGGACUCGAAACUCAUUCUACAAAAUAUGGAAGAAGUGUUGAAUUCCGUAAAAAAGAAACAUCGACAAAAACACAGAAGAAAAAGGGAACAGAAGAAACUUGCACAAAUGGAAGCAGCAGCUGUAGCUGUGGCAACUGCAGAAUUAGACAAAGUGGCUGAAGAUGAACAAAAGGUUAUCAAUAAAUCGAAAGGUAAAAGUGCAUCUAAACAUGUCAAAGAACAGGGCAAGCGCUCAAAAACAAAACCAUUACAAGAGAAGACCGCUCAGGAAAACGGACAGGGAGGCUCACCUGAUUGUGCUCAAAGGAAAAAAUCUCAAGAUAAUAAAAGUCCACUAAAGAAUGCUUCCAUAAAUGGAGAUAUACUGCGUCACUUUCAACGAACUCCAAAGAAAAAUCAGCAGACUACUGAUCAUUUAGGAAACAAAUCGGAUGCAAAAUUAGUUCCUAGUGAAGCAUCAACUGCGCUAAUUCAGCAAAAAGCAAUGAAUGCAUUUGAGGUUAUGAUGAAUGCCAGAAAUAAAGCAAUCGGUUCAAACACACCUGGAAAAGAGACCUCACCAACAAUAAGCCAGGAAUCAGCUGUCAAUACCAAACGUAAGUUGAUUCUUCAGGAAUGGGCUGACAAAAAAGGUGGCAUAAAGCGUAAAUUGGAUGAAGAAGCACGAGCUGCAUAUGUUGAUCAACAAUUGGAGAACCGUGCGAAGCGGUUCAAGCAGAUGCUUGUGAAUGGUGCUUCGCCUAAAAAGGAUAACAGCUUCACAAGUCAAACAGCAAGUCAUAAAAUGAAAUCAAAAAGAGGCGAUUCGAUGGGUGCGGCCACAAAACAGUAUAAAGAUAAAGCUAAGUGCAGGAAGCGAACAAUACUGCGACCCGAUUCGACUGAUUCAGUCGAUGAGCGAAUAGAAAAUGCAAAGACGGACUCGGAAACAGAAGAGUUUUUAUCUAAACUUAAUUCCCCGACCAAAAAACGAGAUAGCCUUUUAGGAUAUUUUCCGAGAAAAGAGUCACCGAAAGAUCUAGCUGCUAAAACAUCAAAAGAGGUUUUAGGAAAAGACAAAAGAAACUCUAAAACUGAAACUCCAAAGUCACGCAACCGGCGGUGUACUAAAAAUAGUACCGAAAUAAUGGUUGUAUCUACUACACCUGUAAUAGAAAGCAGUGUUGAGGCAGUACAACCUAAUCAGGGUGAAUUGGAAAUUGAAAACACACCUAGUAGUAGACCAAAACGUUCUUGUGCGGGAAGAGCUCGUUACGAUUACGACUUAGAAAAGAGUCCGACUAAAAUUUCUUCGGCUAAGAAAUGUGUUUCGGCUUCGAGAAAGUGUGAAACAGCAAUAGAUGUAGAAAUAAUAAAUUUAGACGAUAGCAAUAUGUCAACUCCAGAAAAGUCGAAGAAAUUGGCCCCCCUUUUCGUACGUUCACUGCCGAAACCUAGUCCAGAUCCAGUUGCACUAAAGGCGAAGCACGAUUUCCUUAUGUCGGGUGUGCCUGAGAAAAUGCGCAUAGAAAUUGAAAAGCAAAAGCAGUACGAACAAAACUAUGAAGAGGUGCUGGACUAUUUUCCUCGUAUUUGUCAUGUUCAACAGUUAAAUGCGGACGAGGCGUUAUUUUUACAAAAUAAAAUACAAUUUACUAUAAAAUUAAAAUUGUAUGAGAACGAUUUAGAGCUGAGCACAAUUGUCGAAACAGAAAUAAUGAAAAAAUCGAAUACAUGUAAGCGUAGAUCUCGGAACAAUUCAGGUAGCACAAAACAAUUUAUAAUUAACAAAACACAACCACCUCCAUUUGAAGCAUUAUUGCCAACACUUGAGAAUAAAAGGUCAAUAAUAAAAUUGUGGAAGUCGCAAUUCGAUCGGUUUCCCACAUUUAAAUGUUACAAUCAAAUGCGCGAAAAAUAUCGAUAUUUUAGUGCUUUGGACGCGGCACAGGAUAUGGAACAAGUGAGCGAAUCAUUUGUGGUGACCCGUCGAACGCAACGGAUACGAAGUUUAGAACCAACAGGUGCUACUUCUGAUCAAGAUGAAGUGAAGCCACCUCCAUCUGCCCCCAAUGGUGAACUUUUAUUCACUGAAAAGUAUAAACCCAUGCUCGUUGAACAGGUGCUCGUAAAUCUCGUGCCCGUAACACAAUUGCGUGACUUUCUUUCUACUUGGGCCAAUGGUAGUGGCGGAAGUGCUCGUAAUUCGCAAUCAAUUGAUGAUUCAUUUGAUGUGUCUAAUGACUCAAACUCCAGUCUCAGCAAUGUAACCGGCAAUGCUGUGGUACUUCUGGGUCCGGUAUCAAGUGGUAAAACCAAUGCAGUUUACGCGCUUGCAAAUGAUAUGAAUUUCAAUGUUCUCGAAAUAAAUGCUGGCAUGAAGCGAACUGGAAAACGUUUGAUACAAGAGCUACAGGAAGCAACACAAUCACACCAAAUUCGUAAGGACUCGACGCCCACACAAAGUUCUAGUAAAGCUCAGAAAAACUUACUCCGCAUGUCACUAAAUGGAAAAAAGCUAAUGAAACAAAAUUCUCAGAGUCACAUUGAUGCUGAUAGCAAUGCUGGCUGCAGUGGAGAUGUGAAUCAAAAUUCGCGAAAGUGUCUUAUUCUUAUCGAGGAUGCGGACGUGGUAUUUGAUCAACUAGACAGUGGUUUCACUGAUGCCAUUUACACAUUGGCAGCUUGCUCGAAACGUCCUGUCAUUGUCAUGGCCACGAAUCCCAAUUGCCAGCACCUCCAACGACUAAUGAAUCAGAACACAAUAUAUUUUACGCCGCCGAAUGCUCUGAAUAUAUCCCGCUUCAUGGCUGUGCUCUCACUGAUAGAAAAUUGUCCUAUUAAUUUGGAUGACUUACUUUCACUAUAUUUGUACAAUAGAAAAGAUCUGAGAAGAACGCUGCUGGAAUUGCAGUUUUUCAUUCAAAGUGGUGGUGAUCGAACGAACAUGGUUUUAGCACCAACUGGUGAUGUGAAAACUCCGUCACAUCAUCAUACACCACAAAAGGAAGAGGCGGCCAAACGUGAUUUGGGUUUUUUUGCAUCGCCAACCAAACGAAGUCUAUCAGUUGAAGACAGCACGCAGCAACAACAGGAACCUGAUGAGCAACUUAGCAAAGAUCGACUGAAUAAGCAAGGGUGUAGUAAAGAGAAUGAUGUAUACAUUCAUCGUUCAAUGUUUGAAUUUUUCACUGUCAACCAGAACGAAAAAUGGCGCAUACCCUUUCCUGUCGAUUUCAGUUUAUUACGCGUAAACUUAACGGACAUAUUUCAGUGCUCAAAGCGAUUGCUAUUACAAGAAGGCAAUUCAAUUGAGAAAGCCUUCAAACUCAGUGAUAAUGACGAGGACAAAAAUAGCGUAAUUAAACGCAGAACACGUACACCAAAGAAGACUGCGCUUAACAGUUCGCUUACCAAUGCUGAAGUAUGUCAACAGCAUAAAACUACGUCAUCACUUGAAGUUAUGUGUGAUUUUUACGAAAGCAUUUCCAUAGGCGCAUUAUUAGGCAUGCACAAUGCUGACAUGUCGGAUGACAAUAGAGGAGUUGGCCGAGGUUUAAUCACCGGUAGGAGUGCCGAUUUGAGUGUCGACCGGUUACAGCCACAUCUCUCCGAAGAAAUUGCGCAUGAGAUUGUUGAACAGGCGAUAAAAGUGAAUUUGGCGGCGAAACCGUGCCCUUACAAUCUCUUCGAUACGCCGAGAGAACGACUCUCCCUAUGUGACUACAUGAAUAGCACUGCCGUCAGUUCUCGUAGCCAGCGUACACGCGCCUUAGAUGUGGAACCGGCACUGCGCGCCAUUUGUCGCAGUGAGAAGCAACGCGCCACGCACGAGCGGCGCUCAACUCGCUUCUAUCAUUACCUAAGGCACAGCGCAAUUAAUGUUUCCAAUUUUUCAACAACACCCUUUGAUAAUGCCUGUACAAUCUUGGUAGAUGCAGCGCCAGAGGACGUGGAAGCCCAGCUUUAAAGUGUUGAAGACUGACGAGGAAGCUUAGUUUAAAAUUUUCAAUUGUCCCUACAACUGACAUUAUUGUAUAUUGUAUAGAAUUUUACUAAUCUCGGUAUGCAGAAAAAUGUUGCUUUUGCGUUAUGAACAAAUUGCGGUGGCACAUUAGCAGAAAUAACUUGAAAUUGACAGCAGCAAAACUAGUAUAAAUAUUACAUAAUUAUUAAUUGUAUUAUAAUGUGCAUUUAUUGGCAUUUAACACUUAUUAACUAAAUACAAUAAAUUAAUUUUUAACUUGUAACGUAAACUACGUAUAUUUAAUUAUAUUAUGUACAUAAGUACGAAUUCAAACAACAUUAUAUAAUGUAAGUGAAGCUAAUAAAUAACAAAUUUUUAAUUUUA